AUUUAGGAAAAACAGCUUUCCGCGAUAAACGGUAUCAAAUAUUCUCGUUAAGGUGGAGCCCUCUCCUUCUUCAUUCAUAAACGAACCUCGACGACAACCCCUGGCACCAUCUCCUCGAUUACCAAACCGAACUCACAUCCCAGAUCGACCAUCACCAGAAUUAGCAGGUGUUCGAGAAGAUCCUAACGGAAUUCUUGGUCAUGAUCUAAGAGAUAAACGAUGGUUUCAUGGUGAAUUAGAUCGGGCUGCUGCUGAGUAUCUGUUGCAAAAAGAUGGAGAUUUCUUGGUUAGAACAAGCGCCAACUCUCCGGGACAGUUCAUCUUGGAUGGAAUGGAACAAGGAAGACAUCGUCAUAUUCUUCUCAUAAACGACGGCGCCGUCCGUACCGCCACCACGACAUUUCCCUCAGUGUCCGCAUUGAUUAAUUACCAUUACGGCAAUGGAGUGCCUAUCUCAACCCCAGAGUCUAUUGUAUAUUUAAGAAAUCCAAUUUUAAUGUAG